AUGAGGGUGAGGACUGAGGAGUUCAACCGCUGCUCCUUCAUGUGGAAAGAGGACAGCCGAGAACACGUGUGCUCCAUCAUCGCCUCCAUGCUGAGAAAUCUCAAGUCCCAACAGAGAAGCCGACUCCUCACUAAGUUUACAGAGAAUGACUGUGAGAAGGUUGACCGCCUGAUGGAGUUGCAUUUUAAGUACCUGGAAGCUGUUCAACAGGCUGACAAGAGGAUCGAAGGAGAGAAACAUGAGAUGGUUCGUCGUGGGGAGAUCUUGGAUGACAGCAUGGAGGAUGAGUUCUACCUUCGUCGCCUGGAUGCCGGACUAUUCGUCCUCCAGUUAAUCUGCUACAUAAUGGUGGAGAUAAGCAACUCUGGGAUCUCACAGCUGCAGCAGAGAGUCCAUCAAAUCCUCAACCUGAGAGGAGGCUCUGUCAAAGUAGUACGCCACAUAAUGAGAGAGUACGCAGAGAGCAUCGGAGAUGGGAAGAGUGACGAGUUCAAAGAAGCCGAGCGGAAGAGGAUCAUGGACCUUGUCGACAGCUUCUAAUCUCACUUUUUCUAUCUUCAAAUACACAAACAAAUCCUUUCUUUCUCGUGAGAACAUUGAAGCCCCCUCCGGUUCUGAUCUGGAACCAGAUUUGAACGGGACCUUGAUCCAGUCGUCUGUUUUUCUGCGACAUUCUGAAGGUAAAGUCACUGAGGACGUUUACAUGCACGAAUUUACUGCCCUGAGCAAUCUAAUGUUUUUUUUCUUAUUUUUAUUUAUUUAUUUUUAAAGGAAUUACAUGAAUUACCUUGCCUCGAUCUUUCACAUCCACUUUGGGGAAUAAAGAAAAAUAAAUUCAAAAAAGAAACUCACAAUUAGAUGUUUCAUUAAAUUCAAUCUUAUUCGUCCUGGUUAGAAUCGUUGUUAAAAUCCAUUGACAAUCGUGCAUGUAAAAUGUUCUCAUCAUAGAAGCAGUAGGAGAUCAGAAUAUUAUAGACUGACUGAAACACACAACAAACAAGAGACUUACUCAGAGCUGCAGAUUCUGUUCAGUGGUGUUGGAUAUUAACAGACAUUCCUCUCUCACUCUACCUGGUUCGUUUGUUUUUGAAUUUUGCGUGUAAACUAUUUUGUAAUAAAACAUUUGGUAAUAAAUUCCUUGAUAUUA